GACUCGCAGCCGUUAGUCAAGUGAUUCGCGAAUUGCGUGUAAUGAAACCGAUGGUCUCGUGUAUGUUUGUACAAUAAUUGAGGAUAUAUGCAGACGUGUGUAAUCCAAUUGCGUUCGCUGAAAUCCCGCGUCUAUGCGUCCCGAGUGAGAUAAGUACAGGUGUGAACACGCACGUGUGACAUUGUCCUUUGUUCCCCCGGGGAAGUGAGCGAGGGACGUUUGCGCAAGUGUGAGUGUGCAACUUGGCGGUUUCCCGAGUGUGUCUCGUUCCCCAUUGAGAGAUCAACGAUUUUUCUGGCGUAACGAAAGAAACUCAAGAAUGUCGAGCCCGAGGAGCAUCGGAGGAUCUAAUCGUGAGGGUACGAGAGUUGUGCUGAAAGAAAUAACUGCGACACUUCACAAUUCGCCGCCGAUUCAUCCCCUGCGACGAAAGAGCGGCGGCGACAAUUCUACGUCAAAAGCGGCUGCGGAGCAUGAGGUCAAGGUUUGUUUCACCCGCGAAUUCGCCGACGUAAGUCCGGUCGCGGAGAAUCUCUGUCCAGCACCGGAGAGUCUCUCGUCGGCUAGCAGUUUCCACAGCCUCACCAGUACUCUCAGCACCAAGAGCAGCAGCGGUAUAUGCCCGGAUUCAGCGCCCGAAAUUGCGGACUACGUCGCGGACACAUCUUACGUCAACUCUUCUAUACCGGGUGUGGAGGAUCUGAUACUCGCGUGCGCCGAGAUCAAUUUGGGAAACGAGUCUCACGAACUCAGUCAGGAUCAGACCUUCGAAUCGGCUACGGAUGAGACCCCUUUCCAAGAGAGCGAUUGUUCUUUCAGCGAUGACAAUCCCGGCGAUGACACCCAAGUGAUUGAUGAAAUAGAUUCCCCGUUGCACGAGUCGUUUUUAUCGUUGACCGAAAAUUCUAGCUCGCGUCCAGAAAAUCACGCCGAUCUCACCAUUAUAGAAUGUAACGCAUCGCAAGAAAAACAGACAGUAGAAAACGAUCACAGUGCCAAGACAUUAUUUGUAAACGAUUCUGAAUCGUGUGAAAAUACCGUGGACGUUUCGAUAUCUUCGUUAACGAAAUGUGUGGAUAAUCCUUUAUUAUUUAAAUUACCCAGUGCACCACCGAUAGAAGACACCAAUAAGCCGAGAGAAGAUAGUGCGCACGAUUCAUCGGAACCUCCACGAGAUACGCUCUUAACGUCAUCUUCCGACAAUACCAACAAUGAAUUGUGUAUAUUGUCGCAACAAGUAGAAGAUAAUCCCGUUGCCCCAGCAGAAAAGAGUGAAACUCAUACUGAAGAUAAUUCUGUUCUAAAGGAAAAGAAUAGUGACGUUAUCGAGGAACAGAAUUUAUCCCAACCGAAUAUUCAUAUCGAAAAUAAUCCCGUUGUUCAAACAGAAAAAACCGAAGUUAUCGAGGAACAAAAUUUAUUCCAAUUAGAAACUCGUAUUGAAAAUAAUCCCGUAGUCCCAGAGAAAAAAAGUGAAGUUAUUGAGGAACAACAUUCACCUCAAUUAGAAACUCAUAUUGAAAAUAAUCCCGUAGUUCCAGAGAAAAAAAAUAAAGUUAUCGAGGAACAACAUUCACCUCAAUUAGAAACUCAUAUUGAAAACAACCCCGUAGUUCCAGAGAAAAAAAAUAAAGUUAUCGAGGAACAGGAUUUACUCCAAUUAGAAACUCAUACUGAAAACAACUCCCUUGUUUCAGCGGAAAAGAGUGAACUUCUCGAGGAACAACAUUCAUCCCAAUCAGAUACUUAUAUCACGUCACACGAUAGCUCACAAUCACUUAGUAAGACACUUAUUGUGGAACAAGAAACCGUGCAAAUAACUUGCAAAGAAGACUUAGAAAUAAGCAAUAGUGUAGUAUCGAAUAAAGCGCAAAAUUUUUUACCCGAGGAAAAACCCGCCAUAUGUAACGAGACAAGUGUUAUAGAAGAUCGAUGUGAACCGUCAGAAACUAUAAUUGUAAAAGAGAAAGAAAAUAGUGCAGAAGGUGCGGCUUUAUUGAGUGUUAUUGGAGAGACGAGAAACAAAUCUAACGAAGAUCUCGAUCGUACGCUUACGUUGCAAGAAGUAGAUCUAAACUUGGUGCCAGAAGAAUAUGAAGAUUUCAAACCUCAGCGACAAAGUACCACAUUGCCGUUGACGGAACAGACGAAUUUCGAAGACUUCGUAUCGACUAUAGAGAAGGUUACUAAUGACCUGCUCAAUUCUGCGGAAAAUAGUGAAGACUUUGCAGAAGAUACCGAAGAACAGUUCGUCAGUGCAACAACUGAGCUAUUUAAAGAUCCCUCAACAUUCGAUUUCUUGUUAGCACGAAGUACCUCUAACAAUAUACCCGCGCAUCGUCUUAGAACAGAAUCUUUAUAUGUUAAAUUCGAUCCGUUAGUGUCGAAUACCAAUAUGUUGCCUCAAGGAAAUGUCCAGCCGAUAAAUGAGGAGCAAAAUGGCAAAACCGAGUCGCCGUCUCCUGAUGUCGGCACACCAAAACGUAACCCUGCCAUAGCAGCUAUAGAUAGAUUGCUUUUUUAUAGUCCUCUUUCUACUACGCCGGUACAGAAACGCGAGGAAGCUCAAGAAAAGAAUGAGCAACCAGUGGAAGAGCCUAAAUCGAAUACACAGCUCAUCGCUGACAUAGAUAUGAGCAAAGAACUCGAACUCGUACGAACGACGGUACUGCAAUUGGAGGAACAAUUAGAAAAGCAGAAAAAGGAACACGAAGCCGAAUUGGAAAGACAGAAAACUGUUUUUCAGGAAAAAAUUAGUAAACUGCAAACACAAGUUGCGCAAGAAGUGAAAUCGAGGACUCAAAUGGCGGUUGUUGUGGAGGAAUACGAGAAAUCGAUCAGCAGAUUGCUCACGGAGCGAGAAAAAGAUCGCACGACUUUCGAGCAGGAGAAGGCAAAAUUGCAAGAGGAGCUGCAAGCUGCCAAUCUCCACCUAACCAAUACAGAAGCGGCGUUCAACGACGUGCACCAAAAGUACGAGAGACUUAAAGGGGUCGUGUCGGUGUACAAGAGCAAUGAAUCCGUAUUGAAAGAAAGCGUCCAGGAAAAUGUAGAAACGAUAAAGACGCUAGAAACGCGAUACGAACAGUUGAAACAACACGCAAUGACUCAAUUAGAAAAAGCUAAUCUGGAGUUAGACGCGAAAGAAAAGCAACAUGAAGCGGAAACGGUAAAGCUGCAUGCGAUAAUAAGGAAAGCGGAGCUUAAGAGUAAUUCGUUGGCCGAACUCGUGGAACAGAAAACUAAGGAGAACAAGGAGCUCGCGAAGAUCUUGGACGAGGUCAUUGCUAGGGUCGGUCACGGAAAUUCGGAAUGAAAAUAAUAAAUCAAGGUACAUCGCGAUUGAUGGCGCGAUUAGUCUUUAUUUUUUUACACGUCCCUCACUGUCUUUAAUACAAACCAUAUGUUAGAUACGAUUGAUGUAUGUAUAACAUGCGUUAACUCGUAAAAAAGUUAUUGCAAGUUAUUUGUGUUUUACUUCAGAACAAAAAAAAAAGCGGCUUUUAUGUAUUAUUUAUAAGUUAUAUAUAUAUAUUGUGAAAUAUGCGCGUCGCGCAAGUGACUAUUUUAAAGCUAAUAAACUAUGCUUAGUAAAAACCGCACUUUUUUAUUUACACAAUAAAAAAACAAUUCACUCUAUAUAUCUAUUUCUUUCUCCUUCCUGCAAACAGAGUAUAAAACAGUGUAUAUAAUCUUAAUUUUCAAAUCUCACUGCAAUAUAUAUAUAUUCCAAGUUAUCAAAUCACAUAAAAAUUAUUAUAUUUUAAACACACGUUGGUUGAAGGUAGAAAGCACCUGUGUUUUGGUCAAUAAUAAAUAUGCCGUCAAUUCGCUUGACCGAUUCGAUUUCCUAACUUUUGUUAAUU